AUGUCCCUUGAUAAGAAGAAGAAUUCAUCGAAGUUUUCUCUUCGAGAGGUAUUCAGUCCUAACCAAAAACUGUCGCUGCCUCCAGCAGACGAAACGAGCCCUUCAUCUCAUAGAUUUUUAUUGAAGAAGAAAGAUUCUAAAUCUAGUAUGAUUUCUCCGCAAACGAGCUCUUCAUCGUUAGGCUCCUUACUCAGAGGAAGGAACCACAGUAAAAGUGCCGAAGCUCUCAAUCCAGCAGCUUCUGUACUGCAUCACCAAGACACCACCACAGAUUCUGUUCCUGGCCUGCUAGACGUUACGCCGUAUACUCUGAAUGAAAGAGUUUCCGGGAAGCUUGAUGAUCACAGUGUGCCAGUGAAAGUAGCCGAGGACAAGCUGCACCACCACCACCACCACCAUCACCACAACAAUACUAACGCACACAAGGCACCUAAGCUCACUUCCAAUAAUCAUGGUCAUAAUUCUCACUCACAUCUCUCGCUCAAGAGAUUCUUAAAAAAGUUUAAACACUCGCCAACCUCAGAUCACCAUCAACACCCACACCAAAACAACUCCUCGACUGCUUCAAUUGCCUCUUCCUUGCAUGCACCACAUUUCUUCCACACCUCUAGCUCCUCGUCAAUCUCCUCGUCGGAAAUGUUUAAGAAAUAUGGUAACAUAGGUAAGCUUCUUGGUACAGGUGCUUCGGGUUCUGUUUCGCUCUUGACUUCAGAAUCUGACCCAAGUAAGAUCUACGCAGUGAAAAAGUUUAGAGCUAAAUUGCCGAAUGAAUCAGAGCUGGACUACAGAGUUAAAGUAAAGAAUGAAUUUAAAAUUGGUGAAAUCUUAAUUCAUCAAAAUUUGAUUCACACCUACGAACUUAUUAAAGAAACUAGCUCCAAGUUUUUAUCUGACACGGAAUAUUUUAUUGUCAUGGAAUAUUGUCCUUACGACUUCUUUAACUUGGUCAUGAGUGGACUUAUGGAUAGAAAGGAAAUUGCAUGUUACUUCAAGCAAAUUAUUAACGGGGUGGCAUAUUUGCAUGAGAAUGGGUUGGCCCACAGAGAUCUUAAAUUAGAUAAUUGUGUGGUAAACUCCAACGGUAUUUUGAAAUUAAUUGAUUUUGGACUGGCCGUUCACUUCAAGAGGGAAAAGGUUGUAAGUAAUCCUAACUCUAGCGAAGAUGAUUUGGAUGAGAAAUACAGAUUAAUUAGAGCUAGAGGAAUUGUCGGCUCAGAUCCAUAUUUAGCACCUGAAGUUUUUGAACCUUCCAAUUUUGGAUACGAUCCACGUUUAGUAGAUAUUUGGUCAAUUGCUAUUAUCUAUUGCUGUAUGAUAUUGAAGAGAUUCCCAUGGAAGUUGCCGAGAGAAAGUGAUCCUUCCUAUAAGGCAUUUGCUGGAAUUGACGAUGAAGUACAGGAGAAACCAAAGAGUAAUGGAGUAAGUAAGUUGGAAAAGGAAAUGAAGGGAUUGAGUGUAGAUAACUCAGAGGCAUCAUCAAUUCAAGCAAGUGAAAAACUGGCAUCAUCAAAAAUUGAUGCUGUUCCAAGGCAUCUCAUUCCUGAAAUUGACUCAACUAACGUAUCAAACUCGGCAACACCAGUAACAACAUCAACUAGGGAGGCAACACAAACACCAUCGCCAACCACGACGCCAACACCAACUCCAGCGCCUGAGGCUACGAAAGAAACAGCCCAAACAUCAGCAGGAGAUGGCUUGCCUCCACAAGCGCCAGCGCAAACAUCGACCCAAAAGAAGUUACCACCGAGAGGUCCAGAGAGACUUCUUAGAAUUCUUCCUUCUCAAGCCAGACCACUUAUCAGAGGUAUGCUCACUAUUGACACUAGCAAGAGAUUUUUAAUAGAGGAUAUUAUCAAGGAUGAUUUCUAUAAGGUCAUUGAGUUAUGCACUCAGGACCCAACAACUAAUGAUUACGUACCAGCAGAGGACCAUACUCACCAUUUAGUCACCGAAGAAGAGUUGCAAAAAAUUAACGAAGAAAAGGAAAAAAUGAAACACUUAAAAGAUGCUGGUAUGGCUUAA